AUGGCGGGGGUUAACUCUUGUUUUUUUCACAGAUCUAGUGUCGGUUUGGUAUCAAGGCGAAGCCAAGUCUCUUCAAAAUCACGUCUUUUGGUGGCAGUACCUUCGGCCGAGAGGGACCUGUUGUUGGGAGAUGGGGUAGCGGGAGACACGGCUUCGGCGUGUCUCGUAUCUCGACGACGACGAACGGACGGGCCUCUCCGACUCAAGGAGCGACGUGCUGUGUCUGGACCGCACCGCAUGUCGUUUCUUGCACCGGACGAAGCCUGGACGGACGCAAAGAAAGCUAAGUGA